AUGAAACCUGAAUAAGAAAAUGAAUCCACAGACGAACUUUCUUAGUUGAGGGAAGAAAAGGCAAGGCGUAGAUAAAAGAAAGAAUAUGAAUUAUAACUAAUGGGGAAAUGCAUUGUAUGGCUAAUAUAUGCAUAUGUAGCAGGAUUAAUAAUAACCACUAUUAAUUACAUAUUGCAUAUAAAGUUGGAAAAAGAGUUUCAAUAUGAGGGCAUUAUCGAGGAUAACUGUUAAGAUUUGAAAAUACUCAAAAACAUUAAUGAUUAAAUAUUCCCACUAUUGGAUGAAUUGACUGUAAUAAAUUAUUCCUUAAGCUUAAAAGUUCAAAAAGUAUUUCAAAAUCUUUCGAGUAAAUUUGGAGAACGAUUGUCCUUUUGGAAUUGGUGA